AUGCUCCGCCGCCAGCGCCACUUCCUCCCCGCCAAGCCCCGCCGCCGCCCGAAGCCCCAGCCCAAACCCGCCGCCAAGCCCUCCGCCCCGACGUACACCCGCGACGUCGUCCGGCGCGUGACCAACAUACUCCGCGACCACCCCUGGUCGGCGGCGCGCCCGCUCCUCCUCUCCCUCCCGGGCCUCGUCUGGGACUCGCACGUCGUGGCGCGCGUCCUCAAGACCCACCCGCCCCUCCAGAAGGCCUUCCUCUUCUUCCGCCUCGCGGCCUCCCCGGCCGCCGGCCCCACACCCAGGGCCGCCUUCCGCCACGACCGCUACACCUACACCUCCAUGCUCCACCUCCUCGGCGAGGCCGGCCGGGUCCCCGCCAUGCUCCGCCUCCUCGCCGAGAUGCUCCGCGCCGGGGUCGACCCUGACGCCGCCACGUUCACGACCGUCAUGCACUGGCUGGCGCGCGCAGGGGACGUGGACGCCGCGAUGCGGGUGUGGGAGGAGAUGCGCUCCCGCAGGGGGAAGUGCCGCCCCACGCUCGUCAGCUACACGGCGUGCGUCAAGAUCCUGUUCGACGCCGGGAGGGCCGCCGAGGGCAGGCGGGUGUUCGAGGAGAUGGUGGCCGAGGGGCUGCGGCCCAGCUGCACCACCUACACCGUGCUCAUCGAGCAUCUCGCUGACGCAGGAAAAUUCCAAGCUACUCUACAAAUUAUGAGUGACAUGCAAGAUGCAGGCGUAGAACCAGACAAGCCACUCUGCAAUAUUCUAGUCAAGAAGUGUGCCAGCGCUGGUGAGACGUCAGUGAUGACCUUCAUUCUUCAGCACAUGAAGGAGAAAGGCAUUGUUCUCCGUAGGCCUGUCUUUUUGGAAGCACUAGAAGCUCUAAAAGCUAGUGGUGAGAGCCCUAAUCUUCUUUGGGAAGUGAAUCCUCAUCUUGCAUCUGAAGGAAUGGAAUAUGACCCAACAUUUUCUCAUCUAAGCUACAAUACUGACAGAAGUACGAUUAUAUACCUUUUGGCUUCUAGAAACUGGUCUGCUAUCGAACAAAUGGUAAAUGAAUUGACCACGAGGAAUGUGAAGUUUGAGUCGCAUAUACUAUCUGAUAUUAUUCAGGCCAGCUGUGCAAACUGCAGACCAUCAUGUGGACUCACAGUUCUGUACUAUGGUCUAAGAGUAGGCAGUGAACUUGACAGGUCUGCAUAUAGUUGCCUUCUUGGUCAAUACAUCAGAAAUGGUUCGUUUGAUUUGGUAUCUAAGAUUGUUGAAAGAUUAAUUAAGUGUGGCUGCAAUCUUGGAGCAUAUCUGUUAUCUGUCUUAAUACUCAGAUUGGGUUCUGCUGGGCAUUCUUCAUACGCGGCACAUAUCUUUGGGUUAUCACCUGCAGACCAGAAUGUGAUUACCUACACUGCCCUUAUGAAUGCCUAUUUUCAAGCUGGCGAAGUUGAUAAGGCUCUUGAACUAUUCUCUCAAAUGAUAACUAAUGAGAUAUCUGCUUCUGCGGGUACAUAUGAAGUACUGAUAUAUGGCCUACAAAAGGCUGGGCGGAAACAGGACUCUGACCGUUACCGAAGAGAAAGAAUGGAGAUGCAAUGGCAUCGUCAGUACCGUGACAAGCAUUCCCCUGAAGAUAGCUUAUGUGACCAUUUAUUUUGUGGCUUUCAUGGUUAG